UCACCGACGGUGAACUCUAUUUGAAUUCUAGUUGAGGUAGAACUUCAUUUCAAGUUGUCAAAUAUUAUGACAGUUAUGGGAGAAAAGUUUUUGCCUAAAGGAAAGUUGCCAUUAUUUAAUUAUUUAUUACCAUUUGCUAUUGUUACUUCCGGAAGUAAUUACACAAGUAAAGGAAGUAGCUGACGAGUGAAGGAGUGGUUACAAAGUUGAGGGGGGAUUUCAAAUUAAUUAACAAUGUUGAACAAUGUGUAUUACCGUAUUUGCAUGCAAAAUUGUAUUAGAGUUUACGCACUUUUUAAUAUGAGUUUUUCUACUUUAUGUUUUACUUUUUCAUGAUAUCGUUCUCCAGUUUCAAUAUCAAAGAUAGAAAGAAUGUCGUCGCCAUUACUAUUUUCAACACCUGGUCUUCAAAAUAACACAACUUUAUACGAGUUCAACUCACAGUUUGUGUCUGGUGAGAAGGAUUCAGCGUCAUGUUAUUAUAAUUUUGGACAGGAUGGAGAAUUUGAUCAAAUAUCAGCAAUUGAGGAUCCAUUGAAGAUGCCAACAAACCUUGCAAGAGAAAGUUUUUCUGAAUCUCCAUUUCUGGAAAUUAAUGAGACUCUGCUGCAAAAAUUGUACAAUACAUGGUUAGCAGAUGGAAUCAAUGGUGUCCUUUAUGAGUUAAGCAAAUCAGUCAAAGUGCCAAAGAUGAUUUCAAACUGCGCUCAAAAACUUCACACAUUUUCCAAGUGGAUGCAAGAUUUGGUAAAUGUUAUAACAUUUGGUCAACAGCUGAAGCAGUCAUCAGGAAUUUUACGCACCAGCGAAAAAGUUAUCCAAUUAAAGCGAUUGCUUGGCACCCACAUUUAACAAUGUUUGCCGUGAAUCUGAAGGAUGAUACCAUAAGAGUUUUUAUGGUGAAAAGGGGCCUUAUUAAGCUUCUGAAUCAUAGAAAACAGAUUAAUGUCUCUUGUUGUGCUUGGAGGCCCCUGUCAUCCUCAGUUCUUGCGGUUGGAUGUGAAAACGGAGUCAUUAUUUGGAAUGUAAAUCAGAAUUCGUUGGGAGUAAGGCAAGGGCCAAGCUCUGCGAGACUCUUAACAUACUCAGGACAUACAAUUCUCACAUCUAUAUCAUGGAGCCCCGGUGGCAGAUUGUUGGUAUCAGGUUCUGCAUUAAAUGGUGUCAUGAUUGUUUGGGAUGUCGCUAUGGAUUGUGGUACAGCUCUUCAUCGUAUUGGUGGCUCAAUUUCACAAGUUAUGUGGUCACCUUGCGAUACUAAAGUAUUUGUUUCAACUGAAUCAAGUUUAAUACGGGUCUGGGAAACUCAAAAAUGGACUUGUGAGAAAUGGACAAAUUUAGCCUCCAAAUGUCAGGCUGCAUGCUGGAGUCCGGAUGGAAGAUUUCUGGUAUUUUCUGUGUUAGAGAGGAAAAGUCUCUAUUAUCUUAAAUUUUGUGAACCAGUUGAAAGAACAGGCAUGGAAGAUUUCAACAUUGGUGGUGCGAAAAUGGCGGUUGAAUGUGCUGAUCUUACAGAAUACUCUUGGGAGGUGAAUGACACUAUAGUUAGAGUUGGUGGCUUUGUAAGUAGUAUGACGUGGGACCCAACUGGUGAAAGGCUUGCUUUAUUACUUAAAGAUGAAAAUGGAAAAGCUCAAGAUUAUAUACCAGUGUUCAAAACAAAUAUUGAAAAUGUACUUGAUUUGAUUCCCAGUGGUUUGAUUCAUGGAUUACCAAGUAAUGGACAACCUCAGCUAAUAUCUUUUCAAAAAAACUUCACGCAAGGAGCUCUAUUGUCUGUUGUUUGGUCGAAUGGUGAAAUGUCCUUCGUCCCUAUGUUAUUUACGCCGAAGAAGAUAAUUAUGCAAAAUGGCAUUGCUUCUUCCCGUGAUAUUGGUAUUGGGUAGAUUAUCAAAACGAUUUACUCAAAGAAAGGAAAAUUCUACGUAAAAUAAAUGACCACCUGACAACCAUUUUGAAAAUUAAAACAUUUUUAUAUACA